UGCACAUUUGGAUUUGGUCCUUCAUAUAACUCCAUUUACCUUCUCCGAUCUCUCCCUCUCGUUUCCAAGCUCUCAUUCACAAAUUUCAGGGAGAGAGAGAAAGAGGGGGAGGGAGAGAGAGACACACACACACACAAAGAGUAGCGAGAAAAGCACGGAGAGCUAGCCAAAGCGAAAGACUCUCUCUCCGUUCUCUUGCUUAUUCUCCCUCUUAUCGCUUGCAUAGAAAAGCGGAAGACCCUCUCUUUCUUACAUAUCUUUCGCCAUGAUCUCGUUGAAUAGAAGCAGUUUUCUGAACAACCCGAGCAUUUCCGGGUCAAAUAUUCCAUCUUCUUCUACACAGAGAAGACCAGCAGCUAGUUUGAAGGUGGUCGCUUCGGGCUCGAACAACCGGUCAGGAGAUCGAAACGGUAGCGUAUUGAUAGAAAGCAAAUUGAUGGAAUCCCCUGUGGUUGAGGUAGAGCCAAAAUGCAGUGUCGGUGGUGGGGUCCAGGAUGUUUACGGUGAAGAUAGUGCCACUGAGGAUCAAAAUGUCACUCCCUGGAGUCUCUCAGUUGCUAGUGGAUAUACUUUAUUGCGAGAUCCACAUCACAACAAAGGGCUUGCCUUCAAUGAUAAAGAGAGAGAUGCCCACUACUUGCGUGGUCUUCUCCCCCCUGUUGUAGUUUCACAAGAGCUUCAGGUGAAGAAAAUGAUGCACAAUAUUCGCCAGUAUCAAGUUCCACUGCAGAGGUACAUGGCUAUGAUGGACCUUCAGGAGAGAAAUCAAAGACUGUUCUACAAGAUGCUCAUUGAUCAUGUUGAGGAGUUACUUCCAGUGGUCUAUACUCCAACUGUUGGUGAAGCUUGCCAGCAGUAUGGGAGUAUCUUUAUGCGUCCUCAGGGUCUUUAUAUUAGUUUGAAAGAAAAGGGGAAGAUUCUUGAGGUAUUGAGGAAUUGGCCUGAGAAGAAUAUUCAAGUCAUUGUGGUCACAGAUGGAGAACGUAUUUUGGGUCUUGGGGAUCUUGGCUGUCAGGGGAUGGGGAUACCUGUGGGGAAACUUUCCUUAUAUACAGCGCUUGGAGGAGUACGCCCUUCAGCUUGCUUGCCUGUAACAAUUGAUGUGGGUACAAACAAUGAGGAGUUGUUGAACGAUGAGUUCUACAUAGGGCUCAAGCAAAAGAGGGCUACUGGGCAGGAAUACACUGAACUUAUACAAGAAUUUAUGACUGCUGUCAAGCGUAAUUAUGGGGAGAAAAUUCUCAUUCAGUUUGAAGACUUUGCAAACCACAAUGCUUUUGAUCUGCUUGCAAGAUAUGGUACAACUCAUCUAGUUUUUAAUGAUGAUAUUCAGGGGACAGCAUCAGUGGUCCUUGCAGGUCUUAUUGCAGCACUGAAAUCAGUUGGUGGCUCCUUAUCUGACCACACAUUUUUGUUCCUUGGAGCUGGAGAGGCAGGCACUGGCAUAGCAGAACUAAUAGCUCUUGAGAUAUCAAAAAAGACAAAUGCUUCAGUGGAAGAGACCCGCAAGAAGAUUUGGCUUGUUGAUUCAAAGGGACUGAUUGUUAAUUCACGUAAGGAGUCACUCCAGCAUUUCAAGAAGCCUUGGGCGCACGAACAUGAACCGAUCACUGGACUUGUAGAUGCUAUUAAUGAAAUCAAGCCAACAGUUUUGAUUGGAACAUCUGGGAAAGGAGGUCAAUUUACAAAAGAAGUGGUAGAGUCUAUGGCCGCUAUUAAUGAGCAACCCAUUAUCCUUGCUCUUUCCAACCCAACUUCUCAAUCUGAAUGCACAGCUGAACAAGCCUACACAUGGAGUCAGGGUCGUGCCAUUUUUGCCAGUGGAAGCCCAUUUGGACCUGUUGAAUAUGAGGGAAAGGUUUUCACCCCUGGCCAGGCAAACAAUGCCUACAUAUUUCCAGGAUUUGGCCUGGGUUUAAUUAUGUCUGGUACCAUCCGUGUUCAUGAUGACAUGCUUCUGGCAGCCUCGGAAGCUUUGGCGGCACAGGUAACGGAGGAGAACUAUGACAAAGGUCUCAUAUACCCUCCAUUUUCUAACAUCAGGAAGAUUUCUGCUCAUAUUGCUGCCAAUGUAGCUGCUAAAGCGUAUGAACUUGGUUUGGCCACUCGCCUUCCUCAACCAAAAGAUCUGGUGAAGCAUGCAGAGAGCUGUAUGUACAGCCCUACCUACAGGGGCUAUCGGUGAACGAUCAAAAGCAAUAUUUUUAAAUUAAUUUUGUUUGUGUUGGGAUGCAACCAAAUCAUAUAAAAUUUAAUAUCAAAUAUCAAUUUUUUUGUUUUA